AUGUCAACUCAUGAGCUUAAUCAAAUGAUUUCUCUUGGAUUAUACAAGUCUGUAAACAUGGCUGUCCAAAUGACAGCUUCUCCUAGUCCUCAACUUUUGAUUUCAAGAGCUUUUGCAUUGAUAGAUAUGAAACUUUAUGAAGAUGCACUCCAUGCGGUUGAAUCAGUCGACAUGUUUGGUUUAAGCCAAGAACUUGCAAAUGAUUUAAUAGAAAUUCGACUUACAGCACAUCUUAAAAUGAAUAAUCCACAAAAAUGUUGCACAAUUAUUCAAAGUCGAGACUUCUCAAACAGAUUACUUACACCAAAACUCGAUUUGCUUGUUGCUCAAGUUCAUAUGUUAAAUAAUCCUUUACCAAAUCCAGACCACCCUGCAAUUCCACAUUUACUUCGUGUUCUACAGAGGUAUCCGCUUGCUUUUGAACUGAUAGAAAAGCUUAUUGGUAUUGGUGCUAAGAUACCAGAAUUUAUUCUAAAUUCACCAAAUUCUUGUGUCAAAAACUAUGCGCACGCACUUCAAUUGGCUGAAUCAGGUGAUUAUAAAGAUGCAGUGAGAUGCCUAAAUCAAAUUCUUGUAACAAUCCCAGGAUGCAUUCCAGUAUUAGUUAAAAUUUGCCAAUUUGCAAUUGCAGACAACAAUACACAGCUUUUUGAAGAUACUAUUGUCUUAAUCCCUGAGAAUAACCUUGAAGUUAUUGAACUCAGAGCUGUUAACCUCAAACAGCAGCAAAAGAAAACGCAAUUAAACCAAGUUGUUCUUCGUGCUUUGAACACAGAUCCAACGUCAGCCAAUGCAUGGAUUGCAUUUUCACAUUUACUUGAAGCUAAUGGCGAUCAACAGCGCGCAUUACAAGCUACAAGGAAAGCUUUGAUUCUUGAGCCAAAUUCUCGCAGCGGAUUCAUGAGACAUGGUGAAUUACGUCUUCAAAGAAAUGAUGUUGUCAAAGCACAUUCAGCAUUUACUCAUGUCCAUACAUUGAAUCCUGCCAUCGAUUCAUUCAGUGCCAUUGUUCAAUGCGAUUGUUUAUUGAAGAAUUGGGAAGAAGCAGAGUCAUUUGCUGCAGGAGCAGUGAAGAGGUUCAAACCUGAUACAUAUGCAGGAAACAUGGCUAUUACUCUUUAUGGCCUUGCAAAGAGAGGAACUGAUCCAAAGAAAGCUGCCGAAAUUCUUAGAAGAUGUUUAGAGAAAGAUAGUGGAAAUAUUGAAGCAUUGUCAGCUUUGAUUGAAAUGCAUGUUAAAGAUAAUGAAUUCGACCAAGCAGAAUCAUUACUCAUGAAGCAUCGUAACUCAAAGAAUAUCUUCUUCUUCAACUACAAGAUGGCAGAAAUAUACUCAGUUAAGAGAGAUUAUCAAACAGCAAUGGAUUAUGCACAACAAGCUUUGCAAAUCGAACCAAAUAACGAGCGUGCAAAAGAUCUUCUUGAGCAACUCGAAGGAGUCUUAAGAGAUAACGAUGACACAUUUGAAGAAGACGAAGUUGAUUUGUGA